AUGCCUUUAAUAGGUGAAAGGGAUAGUAUAUCUUUACUUUCAGAGACAAAAAGAUCCUCUAGAUCUUCGUUUCCCACAUUACAAGGUCUAUACAUGUCUUUAUUUGAAGGAGAAAUGAUAUCUGAUGAGAAUUAUUUAAUAACUGGGGAACAAUCAAGGAGCUCUAACAUCGAUAGGAAAUUGAUUAAACUCCAAUUUUUUGUUACAGUGGCACUAUCCAUUGUAGUCUGUAUGGAUCACGGCUUCGUUGCUUGUAACUUAGAAUGGAUAGAAAAAUCGUUUGGAGUAGGAUACACACAAUCAAGUAUCAUAGGAUCAAUGGUAUAUAUGGGUUUUUUGAUUGGUAGCUUAGUUACAGGCAUAUUCCUACCAAUUAUAAAAUCCAAAGUACUCUUGUUAUCAUCUCUCAUUAUGAUUAAUUUAACUUGCCUAUAUUCUUUUAAAGCUGAUUCACUUGGAGAAAUAUACGCAGCUAGAUUCUUUACCGGAUUUUUUCAGGCUGUUGUUAUUGUAUACAUUCCUCUAUGGGUUGAUCAAUAUGCACCUAAAUCUAAUAUAACAUCAUGGUUAGCCUAUCAACAAUUAUCUGGCAUGCUUGGAAUACUCUCUGGGUAUUUACUAGGAGGAAUAUUAACAUGUUUUACUACAGAAGAUAUUUUUAUCAAUAUAAACUCUACCUACACUGACAGAUUUAUAACCAGUAUCUUAUCAUGGAGAGGGCCAUUUCUCAUACAAUUCAUCGUAAUUAUCCCGAUUAUAGCUAUUAUAACUCUUUUUCCAGCCAAUAUACUUGAUAUUGGACAGGAAUAUUCUAGUUUUAAUUCUGAUAACUCCCGAACUACAGGACUUUUAGUUUCAGGAGUUACAGUUCAGCGUUCUACAGAUGCAAAUAAUGAUCUUUCAGUUAAACCUAUAACAAAUCCCAAUAUAAAUAAAGUCAAUUACCAAAGAGGAAGUAAACUUCAGAGGUCUAGUAUUCUACUCUUGCCAUCAAUGACUAGAAAAGGUGAUAUUGUAAACAAGAAAGAAGAACUCAGUGAAAUUUGUAGUAAUCCUAUAUAUAUAUUUACAACCUUAUCUACAUGUGGAGUUUAUUGUUUUGUAACUGGAUUAAUUUUUUGGAUGAAUCAAUAUCUCACACAAGUUAUCUUAAUUGAUAGAUUUUCAGCAAUAUUUACAGUAUUUUGUGUAUUUCUUAUUGGACCUACAUUAGGCGUUUAUUUUGGUGGAAUAACAGGUGAUAUACUCAAUGAGUAUAGACCACAAGGAUUUGGUUGGAUAUUAACUUUCUGCUUUUUUUUCUCACUAUUUGGAUUUAUUGCCUCUAUGUCUAUCCUCAAAACUAGAUCCUAUAUAGCUUUUGUAUGGGGAAUAACAAUUGCACUAUUUUUUCUCACAGGUACUUUACCUAUGUCUUUGAUUGUUUCUAUGAAAUGUGUAUCAUCCCAUAUACGUCCUAUGGCCACUGCACUAGCUCAAUUUAUAUUUAACCUAUUUGGAUUUCUUAUGGCUCCAGUAUUUAUUGGAGCUAUAAUGGAUAUUAUUGAUCUAUUUCCAUUUGGUGCCUUAAAAUAUAAAUAUGAUCCACAUAGUGCAGGAAUAAUCACUCUACUUUACCUUACAGGUCCUAUAUUUUUUAUGUAUGGUAUUGCAAUGUUUUCAAGUUGCUGCUAUUGUAUGAUCAGACAAAAUACUACUACAUCUAGAAAUAAUAGUCAAACAAAUAAUCCCAUGAAAAUAAUAAUCCAAUAA